AUGGAAACGCAUACAAACGAAGACGAGUAUUUAUUCGGGUUGGUCGGUAUGGGAUUUGAAGAUUCUCAGGAAACGAACACCAAACCUUUUAUAAUGGAACUCAUCGACCAAGGUAUUCUCGAAGAGCCCAUAUUCACCAUCUGGUUAGAUCCGGAAGCGGCUUUGGAAACCAACGGAGGAUACCUGACAUACGGAUCAGAGGACGAUGUGCACUGCGGACCAGUCACAGGAUACCAAAACUUCGUACAUCCUUCCUUGUAUGCAUUCAUGGUACGUAGCGUAAUUGCAUGA